ACAUCGCAGCGUAGAUACUUGAGUCGAAACAAAAUUUAAACAAUUUUUUACUGAGGACACAUAUUGUUUAAAAUUACCUUUAAACUUUAACAAUGUUCGGUAAAAUCUUGAACAAUAAACUAGUUAGUUCAGAGGUUAGGGGUACUCGCGUAGUCAAGGUUUACAAGGUCUCGCUCCGUUAUCUCGUGGACUAAUGCCCAACAUAUUAUCAGGAACUUAAAUCAGCAUCAAAAUGGCGGACGGUGAUUACUGAUCAGUUGGAUACUGGAGAUUGUGGCAAGUUGCGAGUUGCUUAGUGCAGUGCAGCCUUUGUACAAUGGACAACGUGCCACAGGAUAUGGUGAACAGAAGUUUCCAGAAAAUCCUGGACAUCGCCCGUUGCGCCGUCUGUCUGGAAACCGCGAGGCCGAAGAUAGUACAGUGUGAAGGGGAGCAUAUCUUGUGUGGAGUUUGUUCCAAGCAUCUCAAGGAAUGUCCCACUUGUAAGCGGCCUUUCUCCCGUGCCAAACUUGCCCGAAUCAUGAGUCAGGUUUUGGAUGCACUUCCAAAACUCUGUAAACAUACCAACUGCGGUGUGUACGUAUCAGGCGACGACGAGCACGAGAAAUGGUGUGGCUUUCAAUCGACCUUGUGUGCUCUCUGUGGCUGGCCAGGUGCAAGGCGAGACAUUCUCUCACACGUACAACGAGGCCACCCUUCAGUGACAGUUCAUAGUGAACGCAAAUCAGUUUUGAAAAUAAAAGGUCAAUCACUUGUUAUAUUUCCUAUAUCAGCUUUUGGUAUGUUUUUUGGGCAAUGUUCAAUAUGAUUGAUGUGAAUAAAUUUCCGUUUACGGUCCGUUUAUCGCUCAUCUUGGAACCUAAUGACAAACCCUCUGAGGAGUAUUUUUUUGAAGUAUCGCACUACGAUGAAAAGCAAUUUUUUAAAUCCAAAUUCAAAUAUACUUUUCAAGCAGGCUUUGUUUUUGAUAUAUCAUUUCCAGCUUUUUUAAUGACACAAAAAAUGAGUAUGUAUUCGAGAUGACAAUCUCAAAAGAAUAAAGUAAAGGUUAAAAUGUAAUUUAACGUUUGUUAAGUCGGUGUAGGGACUAGAAUAAUGUUACAAUGCUGCAAUAGAUAAUCUCUGUCUUGUUUAACAUGAGCAAUUUUCAUGUACUUUCAGUGCUGUGUUGGUUAGUAAAUAUUUGUUGAUAGCUGUUUCUGAUGUACAGUUCUUGUUUAUGACCUAGCGAAUUAAAAUAAUCUACUGACAUAAUCAUUAUGUAGAAAUUAUUUCAAAUAUUGAUUCGCUGUAAACAUACACGGUGCAAAUAUUUUCGCUCGUAGUCCAACUUUUUAUAUUUAUUACAGUGUUUCUAUUCUAAUUAUACUUGUAUCUUCUGUAUCAAUAAUCAUUAUUGUAUAAUCAGAAACAUAAUUUUAAACCAUUAUACUUUUUAUGGAUUUCAUGUAUGUAACUAUCAUAUUUAAAUUCAAUCGUCUUUUGGAAAAAUA